AUGCCACCGCAUAAACCAAGUAAUGAGAGCACCAAAACACCUCACGGCGAAUAUAGAGAACCAAAACGACCGGGUAGGCAAUUAUCGAUUGACUUCGUCGGUAAGCUGCCCAUGUCUAAAAAUCAUAACCAAUGGAUCUUCGUAGCCAUCGACUGUUACUCGCGAUAUGUCUGGGCGCAGCCCAUGAAAAACGCAAACGCCAUAUCCGUAGUCAAUUAUCUUCGACAUAUAUUUACGGUGAAUGGCUGCCCCGAACUCAUUAUAUCAGAUAAUGGUACUCAAUUCAUCAGUCAAACUUUCGCACAGCUUUGCGCCGAUUAUAACAUCAAACACAUGAAAACGCCUUUGUUCCAUUCACAAGCCAAUCAGGUCGAGGAUACAAACAAAAGCAUUAAACUUUGA